GCAGAACCGCACGAGGACUGCUCGGAUUACACAUCCCCGGUGAAUUACCCCACAACUCGACGACCAAAGCAAAAUAACUGCAACAGAAAACCCUCCGUGCAUCAAGCAGCAAACAUCACCUGCCGCAGCUAGUGCAAGAGCGCGCGCGCACGAGGUUUUUAUGUGCAAAUCUACCUGAGGAGAUCCAAAAAGGGAUGCUUUAACACCUGGAAACCACAACACAGAAGGAUGGAAUGAAUCUUAUGGCUUGUGACACCUGUUUACUGUUACUUCAUUCGGGAUUGUUCACUUAUAAUGGCACUUAGGCUAAUUAUUCCCCAUUGUUGCUAACUUCUCAAUUAGUUUAAGGUGGUUGAACGCAUUGUAUCAGAAGGAAUUUCAAUUGCUGUGGAGCACCAUGGAUUUAAUGCAUACGCCGUUAAGCGUUUAACUCAACGGAAGCUCCGGUAAUUGAUCCCGAUUCUUUCCCGCUGGAUGUUACGCGGUCACGGCAUGCUGAAGAGCCGCUGUUGCGUCCUCUUCAGCGACCUCAAGGUGUUUCUGCUCGGGCCACAGGCUCCCACAAGCCCCAUGAGCGGACAAGCGAGCAGAAACAGCCCGUAUGCAUCUGAUAACAACAAUACCUUGCGCGCACACCGGCUCCGGGACUGGAGCGGCGCGUCCACGGAGGACUCUGCGGGAGCGGACGCGGCCGCAGGCGGAUCCGGGUGGACGGGCGCCGCGGCAGAGGAGUUCUCCAGAGACCGCAAAGAUGACCGGUUCUCCUUCAUCAGCUAUGCAGAAGGAACCCCGGUGUGCAGGAUAUGCUUCCAAGGGCCGGAAAAGGGUGAGCUGUUGAGUCCGUGUCGCUGCAGCGGGUCGGUCCGCAGCACUCAUCAGCCGUGUCUCAUUAAGUGGAUCAGUGAAAGAGGCUCGUGGACCUGUGAACUCUGCUACUACAAGUAUCAAGUGAUCGCCAUCAGCACCAAGAACCCACUGCAGUGGCAGGCGAUUUCGCUCACAGUCAUAGAGAAGGUCCAGAUAGCGGCGGCGAUCCUUGGUUCCCUGUUCCUGAUCGCCAGCAUCUCGUGGCUGGUUUGGUCGUCUCUCAGUCCUUCAGCCAAGUGGCAGCGGCAGGACCUGCUCUUCCAGAUCUGCUACGGCAUGUACGGCUUCAUGGACGUCGUCUGCAUCGCACUAAUCGUCCACGAGGGCCCGUCUGUUUUCCGCAUCUUCCAUCGCUGGCAGGCGGUCAACCAGCAGUGGAAGGUGUUAAACUAUGACAAAAAGCGGGACAGCGAGCAGCAGAAGAGCAGCGAGGAGCAAACGCAGACUCUGGUCCAGCAGAGAGAGAACACUGGAUCAAACAUCUCUCCAUCACUGUCCUCUAUUCUAGCGGCUGCCGCUUCUCCAGUGCUGGAAAACACAGCGGACUCACAGGACUCUACAGGAGAAUAUAUGGAUGCAGACGGGACCACUUUACCAGAUCAACACUGUCCAUAUAACCUCCUGCAGCUGCUGAGCCACUUACGGCCACACGAGACUCGAACCCUGAGCGGCAACGUUAGCACCAACACCAACUCCAGCAGCAGCAAACCCAGAGAGGUGGUGAUGAGAGUUACGACCGUCUGA